AAUGGUUCUAUGAAACGUUAUAAGGCAGGUUUGGUUACCAAGGGUUUUACAUAGGAGUAUAGAAUAAACUAUAAGGAAACAUUUGCUCUAGUUACUCAUCUCACAUCUAUGCACAGCUUGCUUACUAUCGCUGCUAUACGGAGAUGGAAAUUGUUUCAGAUGGACAUGAAAAAUACUUUUCUUAAUGGUGACCUAGAAGAAGAAGUUUAUAUGAAACCACCUCCUAGGCUCAACCAUCCUCCAACCAAGUUUGGUUUUACUUCCAGUCCACAUGAUACAGCUCUGUUCAUUUGUAAGACUGCUCAAGGUAUGGUUUUUUUAUUUCUUUAUGUUGAUGACAUGAUUAUUACUCGAGAUGAUGUCGCAUGUGUUGAGGAGCUAAAACAAUCUCUCAGUCAAAAAUUUGAGAUGAAAGAUCUUGGUGUUUUGAGCUAUUUUCUUGGGCUUAAAGUCACCUCUUUAGAUGAUGGCUAUCUGCUUUCUCAAGUAAAGUAUGCCUCCAAUCUUGUUUCUAAAGCUGAACUCAAUGAUAGUAAUAGUGUUUCUACAGCUUGUAAACCUAAUCUCAAGCUUAUACCUAUAGAUGGCUCUCCACUUUCUAAUCCUUCUCGCUAUCAGCAAUUGGUUGGUAGUCUAGUUUAUCUUACCACAACACGCCCUGACAUAGCAUAUGCACUUCACAUUGUUAGUCAGCUUAUGGCUGCUCCUCACUUCACUUGUUAUACUGCAAUGCUUUGCAUUAUUUGCUAUAUUAAAGGAACAUUGUUUCAUGGACUCCAUUUUUCUACCAACUCCUCUCCUGUGCUUCGCGCUUACUCUGAUGCUGAUUGGGCUUGUGAUCCUUCUAAUCAUAGAUCUACCACUAGUUACUAUCUUUUCCUUGGUAAUUCUCUUAUCUCUUGGUGGAGUAAGAAACAAACUAUUCCAUCUCACUCUCUUGCUGAAGCUGAGUAUAUAGCUCUCGGUGAUAUUACAUCAAAACUUCUUUCAUUACGGUGGCUUCUUGAAGAUAUUGGCAUUCCUUAACCUUCUUCUAUUGAGUUAUAUUGUGAUAAUCAAAGUGUUAUGCAGAUGGCUCAUAAUAAUGUCUUUCAUGAACG